AUGCCAAAUGUUCUUAUGGCCAAGAGCAUGACGCACCCAGGGCUCUAUACUGUAGGCUGGGUCUGCGCUAUUGCCACGGAGUAUGUCGCAGCACGUCAAUUUCUGGACGAGGUACAUGAUCGGUCCAAUUGCUGUAUUGCCGCAAACGAUGGUACUCAAUACACUCUCGGCAAGAUGGCUGGCCACAAUGUUGUGAUCGCAGUGUUGCCAAAUGGGGAAUACGGACUGUCCAGUGCUACAAGCGUUGCCAAAGAUAUGCUGAACAGCUUUCCAAACGUCAGAGUUGGCUUGAUGGUUGGUGUUGGUGGUGGUGCGCCGACUAUAAAGCAUGAUAUCCGACUUGGUGAUGUAGUGGUUAGCAGUCCGGUAGACGGCAAAGGUGGUGUUUACCAGUAUGACUACGGCAAGUCUCUCCAAGGCCAACGUUUCACGCACACUGGAUUCCUCAACCAGCCGCCGGCGGUGCUGCGAUCCGCUGUCAAUGGUGUUGUGACCUUGUACGAGGAAGACGGACAUCAGAUCGAUGAGCGUAUCCAGGCCGUCCUCGACAAGAGACCGAGAUUGAGAAAGAAGUACGGUCGCCCAAGUCCGGAAACCGAUCGUCUUUACGAAGCAAACAACGCGCAUCCAAUCAAUGAUCAAAACGACUGCGGAGAACAGUGCGGAAGCGGCGUUGUUCAGCGUUGCAAAGCAGAGGACCGCGAGGACAAUCCGACCAUCCACUACGGAACCAUUGCUUCCGCUAAUCAGCUCAUGAAAGAUGCAACGACAAGAGAUGCUCUUGCAAAGGAACAAGGCAUACUAUGCUUCGAGAUGGAGGCCGCGGGUCUAAUGAAUCACUUUCCAUGUCUCGUGGUACGCGGCAUCUGCGACUACUCAGACUCACACAAGAACAAGAGAUGGCAAGGAUAUGCAGCGAUGACUGCAGCUGCAUUUGCCAAAGAUAUUCUCGUACACAUGACGCCAAAUAAAGUAGAGAUGGAGAAAAAAAUUGUAGACGUAUUGGCCUCCAGUCAGUGCAAUUUUCUGGAUGUAUCUUGGCUCAAUGCUAAUUUUCACGCAGUGGAGCAGAACAUGUCGUGGGAGUUUGAAAGAACAAACGCCUCCGUUGCUGAAGUGAAACUGGAUGUGAGGCACCAACGACUGCACAACUGGUUGUUGCCCCCCGACCCCUCAACGAAUUUCAAUGAAGCCAUGUUGCGGCGCCAUCCAGGAACUGGAAGAUGGUUUGUGGAAGCCGACUUCUUCCAAUCCUUCAAACAAAGUCGCGUGCCUUAUUUCUGGUUGAGUGGAAUGGCCGGCUGUGGCAAGACUGUUCUCAGUGCAUCUAUAAUCGAGGAUUUACAGCAGAGUAAAUUGUCUCGGUCCACCACACUCCUCUACUUUUACUUUGAUUUCAACGAUGUGCGUAAGCAGACUCUGGAUGGUCUGCUCCGCUCACUUGUCUGGCAGCUGAAAAGCUUCAGUGGUAAUCAUGCCAGUCUUGAGAUGUUGUACGACCACGGAAAACUUCAAGCUUCGAUCCCAAAGCUGAAAGAGCUUCUGGAGACAACGUUGCUUGCAUCAUCUGGUCCUGUAAUCAUCGUCCUUGAUGCACUAGACGAAUGUACCGAGAGGUCGGAGCUACUACCAUGGCUCAGCCAGAUUGCCGCAAGAUGCACCAGGAAUGUCCAGAUCAUCAUCACGAGUCGCAAGGAAUAUGACAUCCAAGUGGCUUUGGAGAAGUGGAUGGCGACUGAUGCCAUGAUAUCAAUUCCACAUUCUGAGGUGGACGAAGAUAUUCGCACAUACGUACGCGCGAGGAUAAUCGCCGACGAAGGAUUAAAGCGCUGGGAAAACAAGCCCAGGGUACAAGACAAGAUCGAAAAGCAUCUGAUGGACAAGGCUCAAGGAAUGUUUCGAUGGGCAAAAUGUCAGCUUGAUGCACUUGCAAACUGCAUCAGCCUACGACAGCUCAACGACGCUCUCUUGACGUUACCGACGACCUUACACGAGACAUAUGAUCGAAUACUGGAUCGAAUUCCUACCAUGUAUCUGCAAGACACGAUCAGACUACUACAGGUGUUGACGUGGUCAGAGAGACCGCUUCUCAUCGAAGAGGUCGUGGACUUGCUUGCUGUGGACCUAGAUAGCCCGAUCGGGUUUGAUCUGGAGAAUCGAUUGCCAAAUCCACAUGAGAUGGUCCAGCUUUGCUCAGGGUUGGUGACAUUGGGACCACAGAGUCUAGAUCCUGAAGACGAUAACGUAGAAGGCGAUUUCUUCACUCUUUUCGAGGCAAGUGGAUUCAGAGAGGAGAUCCAUUUGGCUCACUUCUCCGUGAAAGAGUACCUUAUCUCCGACAACGUGCGGAACGCCAACUACCAAGCUCGGCUGAUUCAACCGAUAGCCGCGGCGUCCAUUGCAAGCGUGUUGUUGACCUAUUUACUUUGUCUCGAGAAGGAAAUUGCCCAAGACAAAAUCGCAUCGGCAUACCCCUUGGCUUUUUAUGCGGCAAAAUAUUGGAUGCACUUUGGACGUGUCGCUGAUUCCGAAGAUACACGGUUACACAUCCUGAUUGACAAACUUCUUCUGGAGCCUGGAAGGCGUUCUCGAUGGCUGAGUGUCUAUGAUCCGGAUACUCCUGGGUGGAGAUUCGAGAGAACUUCUUUGCCUACGCCAGAGCCUCUUUAUCAUGCUUCGCUCUGUGGGUUAGAGCAAGUUUCGAUUCGACUAUUGGAAGGUGGCGCAGAUGUCAAUACCGUCGGUGGCAGAUACGAAAACGCCCUACAAGCUGCCGCAGCUGGCAAUCAUGAGAACAUUACAAAGCUCUUGAUCAACUGGGGUGCCGACGUCAACGCCUACAACUCAGUAAGCACUCUUCAAAUUGCCUCCAGGAAUAUCUGCGGGAACAUAGUGCGACUACUCUUGGCCAAUGGCGCUCAUGUGAAUGCUCAUAAUGGAAUGUAUGGCAAUGCUCUUCAAGCCGCUUGCGCUGGAAACAAUGCAGACACAGUGCAGAUCCUGCUCGAGCACGGUGCGGAUGUCAAUGCCCAAGGUGGAAGAUAUGGCAGUGCGCUCCAGGCUGCUUGCGUAAAGGGCAAACCAGAGAUGGUGCGUAUGCUGUUAAAUCGCGGCGCAGAUGUCAAUGUUCGAGGAGGCCAUUAUGGCAGCGUCCUUCGAGCCGCGUACAUCAGGGACGAUGCAGAGAUUGUGCGAAUGCUGCUUGACAGCGGU